AUGGAACCUCAGCUGAGCACACGUGGCCCAGUGGGCAACACAAGAAAAAUCAGUAUUCGUGGUUCGGAUAUGGCGGAGGAAAAACAACAGGAUGCCAUCACUGUGACCCUGGAAGCGUUGGAAUUGUAUGAUAUGGAGAAAAAUGUUGCUGCACAUGUGAAAAAAGUGUUUGACAAAAAAUACGGUCCAACAUGGCAUUGUGUUGUUGGCUAUCAGUUUGGUAGCUACGUCACCCACGACCCGGAGGAUUUCAUCUAUUUGGAUCUGGGCACUGUCGGACUGCUGUUGUUCAAAUGUGGUUGA